AUGUCUGAGAUCAAGAAGUACACCCUUGGAGAUUUCCAGCUUCAGAGUGGCGAGGUUCUACCUAGUGCCUGGAUCGCUUACAAGACUUUUGGCGACCCUUCUCUCCCAGCUGUUGUGUAUCCAACUUGGUAUUCGGGAGCGGUUGCGGACAACGAAUGGCUGGUCGGCGACGACAAAACCCUGAACCCGAAGGACUACUUCAUCAUCAUUCCGGCGCUGUUCGGUAACGGCCAAUCCAUCAGUCCCUCCAACUCCGACGUCAGCCCAUUCCCCGACAUCACCUUUUACGAUAACGUCCGAGCCCAGUAUGAGCUUGUCACGAAAGAACUGAAGAUCAAGCACAUCAGAGCGGUAUUGGGAUGGUCCAUGGGCGCGGCACAAUCUUUCCAAUGGGCGACGCAGUAUCCCGACUUCACGGACAUCUGUGUUCCCUUUUGCGGUGCCGCCAAGACCGCGCUGCAUAACCAGGUCUUUUUGGAAGGAGUCAAAACAGCGCUGUUGGCUGCCAAAAGAGCUAGCUCCGCAGGGAGUGCUAAGGGACGCGUCGAGACCGCUGAGCAAAAGAAGAGCCUUCGCAUCUGGUCUGAUGAGGAGAAGGAGGUUGGCUUGAAGGCCUUUGGCCGUGGCUACGCGGGCUGGGGAUUCUCUCAAGCGUUCUAUCGACAUGAGCUGUACAAGGAGCAUUACAAGGCAAAGGAUCUCGAAGAGUUUCUAGUCACCUUCUGGGAGAAGUGGGCUUUGAGCAAGGAUCCAGAGAAUUUGCUUGUCAUGCUUCAGACUUGGCAGAGCGGCGACGUGAGUAAGCAAGAGCCGUACAACGGCGACUUCAAGAAGGCGAUGGCCGCAAUCAAAGCGAAGACAUUGGUGCUGCCUUCCAAGACCGAUCUCUACUUUCCACCGGAAGAUUCUGAAUACGAAGUUGCUUGCAUGAGCGAUGGUGUAGGAGAACUGGAUGUCUACCCGUCCAUUUGGGGACAUUGGGCCGGAGGGCCCCCAGGGAACUUCGACGAUGUAAAGUGGCUGGACGAUCGACUGAAGAAGGUUUUCGCGACAGCGCCGAAGAGAGGUUGA